AUGAACGAAGGAUCUGGUGAUGUAUACUUGAUGCUAAGUACACUGGUGCUUUUUUUCUUCGCUGGGUGGUUGUUUUAUACAAAACAGUUAUUUAAAAAUUACGAAGUGCAUAACAGAACAGUUCAAUUUUUUUUCUCUUUCACUUUUUCGUUGUCAUGUUCGCUUUUCGAAUUGAUUAUUUUUGAAAUUGCUGGUAUCAUGAGCAUUGAAAGUCGUACAAGUUGUUGGAGAUAUUGUUUAAGUACAAUUUUGUUCACAUUGGUCUUCAUCAUUCCAGUUUAUAUGUCGUAUCUUAUAAUAUCAGGAAUUUCUUUUGUUAAAGCAAAAAUGCACAUACCACUUUCAAUCGUCUCAUGGUUUAUCUUUUUGUACUUUUUCUGGAAAAUUGGAGAGCCGUUUCCAAUUAUGAGCUCAAGUCAUGGUAUAUUCACAAUUGAACAAGUCAUUUCUCGAGUUGGUGUGAUUGGAGUUACAGUUAUGGCAAUUUUGUCAGGAUUUGGAGCAGUGAACGCACCGUAUAAUUACAUGACAAUAUUCAUGCGACCGGUCGACGAACAGCAAGUCCAGCAGGUAGAAAAACGCCUAACCCAUCUUAUGGAUAUGAUAGUAAAUAAAAAACGAAAAAUGGCAAAAUUAGUACUUCAACGCAACCAAAUCAUUCAGGAAAAUAAAAACGGAAAAGAUUCAUUUUUGACAAAACUGUGGUCAAAUUUCUCGGAAACUGGCUCAGAGUCUACAUUGUCUACUCAAAUUGGGAGAUUACAGGAUGAAAUUAAACCACUGGAGACGCUGAGCUCAUACUUGUUUCUUGAUUUAGUCGAAGUUCGAUACAUGCUCGACCGCGUAGCGUUUAGCAAAACAAUCAUCGGCAUCUACUUUAACAUUCUUGGCCACUUUUUCUCCGUAUAUUGCAUAGCAAAAAUUAUGUUAUCAUUUUUCAAUAUUGUUUUCGAUCGCGUUGGCAAGGUAGACCCAGUGACUCGAAUGAUUGAAAUUGGAGUUAACUAUGUCGGAAUCGAACUCGAUGUUCGCUAUUGGUCGCAGUAUAUAUCAUUUUUGCUGGUUGGAAUUAUUGCGAUAACAUCUAUAAGAGGACUGCUUAUAACAAUGACCAAGUUUUUUGUUUCAAUAUCAAACGUUCGAUCAUCGAAUAUCAUUGUAUUGGGAUUAGCCCAAGUAAUGGGAAUGUACUUUGUUUCGAGCGUGUUACUGAUGAGGAUGAAUGUGCCAUUAGAAUAUCGCACAAUUCUUACCCGGAUCCUUGGAGACUUGAAAUUCAACUUUUACCAUAGAUGGUUUGAUGUUAUUUUCUUGAUCAGCGCGGAAAAUACCGUAACAAGAAUUGCCGCCGACAGCGGAACAUCCAGCUGCUGGUGUUCGCGCUGGGCGUGGCGUGGAUUUAUCGGCGAAGUUAUUUUCCUCAAUCCGAAGACAUUCGAGGAUACAUUCCGAAAAUGUGCUGUGUCGAUGUGGGGCGAAUGGAGUGAUUGCUUUGGCGGUUGCACUCAAGGAUUGAUAGUGCGUAAUCGCGACGUGGUUCGUCCUCCGGUUCCAGAAAUCACUGAUGACGGUCGACGGAUACAGCGUCUCUGCCCUCAUUUAUACGAAACCAAGUAUUGCGAUCAAAAGAAAUGUCUCGAGGAACCAGUGGCAAAGAUCUAUCACACCUUGAAGCAAAACUAUAGUGAAUCGGCAAAAGCACUUGUUGAAGAACAAAUGAAGAGGAUUGGUUUCUUUGAAAACUCGAACCCAAUGGCGUCUCAACUGAAACAGAAAUUCAUAAGUGAAACUGAGCAGCUAUUGAAAAUGGACAAUGUUUUGAGCCAUCAAUCAUCAAGCCUGUCUUCGCAACUACCGACUACGACUGAAGCGUCAGAAGCAUCGGUCAUUGAUAUUUCUGCUAAGAAAAUUUCGAACAACGAAUGGAAAAAAGAAGACCUUGUGGCGGCUAACAAAUGGAUCCCAACCGCCUUCCGAGAUCAGCCAACUACUGAAAGAGCAGCAAUUAUGACUACUACUGACAGAAAUACUUCUACUACUGAAGCUCCAACAACCGUAGGAUAUUCUACAGCCAGACCAGUUGCAUUGGCCGUUCCAAAUGACUUUCCAGUCAAUUCCAUUCUUCGUCAAAUCGAAAGAGCUUUAGACAAUAAACGUCCAGUUGAUGAGAAGCUUAUUAGAAAACUUAUAAGAAGAAAUCAUAAAUUUGCCAAAAUGCUUUUCGAUCGAAGCAACCAAGGUUACACCACUACUACAUCAAGCACAACGUCUACGACCACUACAACGGAGCCACCCGUUUAUGAAGAAAUUGAAGAAUUUAGUACGAUUGAAGAGCCAACAACAACUACUACAAUGCCAUAUUACCCAAAAACAGGAUAUAUUCCAAACUCGAGAAAGCACGCUUCCGAGAUUACUUCACAGCUUUACAUGACUAAUGAGAUAGUUCAAUCAUUAGCGGACGACCCAGUUCCAAUGAAUGAAAAUCCAGGAUGUCCCCACAACAAGAGAUGCUGUAGAAUCAAACGUGAAACAUGUGAAGACGGAUCCCAACCAAAAAUGGUUAAGCGCUGGUAUCGUCCGAAGGGAUCUUCCCAAUGCAUCGCAUAUCACUAUCCGAAAUGCUCAACGUUUGUCGAAAUGGACGAGCAGCCAAUUCUUUUUGAGCAAAAUUGUCAAGAUGUAUGCUUCGGUAAACAAGAGAAGCGAAUUGCUCCAUUGUUCCACAUCGAAUUGGAAGACGAAUGA